GGAGGGGAGCUGGGGACUGGGGCCGCGGUGCCCCCGCGGAUCCCCGCGGCUUCGCUUCUAAAUCGGACCAGAGAGUAGGAUGCCGGCGUGUAGCUGCACCGUGGGAACGGGGUUUCCUUCGGUCAGGAUACAGGACUAGGCAAAAUGUUUUUAACAACAGUAUUACUGCGGAAGAGAAUUCCUGGAAAACAGUGGAUUGGGAAGUACAGGCAACCAAGACAGGUUACCACUUCAAUGAAGCAAGCAAUGAUCCGAAGGUUGGAAAUUGAAGCAGAGAAUGAAUACUGGCUCAGCCAACCUUACCUGACGCCGGAACAGGAAUACAAACACAACGCCGAAGAGAGACGUGCGAAGUGGGAAGCUUUCAAAAGCCUGAAACAAGCCAAGUUUCCUGAGCACAGAUACAUCAGCGAUCAUUUAAACCACUUAAAUGUGUCAAAGAAGUGGACAUGUUGAAUAAAUACAGCAUAUUUGUAUUUGGCAUCUGUCAUGCACUACCGUGGGAUCUGCUCUCAUGCCUAUUAUGGUAAUUCACUGUAAUUAGGGUGGGUGACAAAUAAGACUUUGCUGUGGUGUACAAAAUGCUACAUUAAAAGUAGUCCUCUGGAACAGCA